AUGUCUUCCAGCGACUCCACGAAAUAUGACGGCCAUCCAUUGACGAAGAAACAGAAAGUGACUGAAGUUGAAGAAACACUAGACGACCGUAUCAGUGAGUUGCCUGAGUCGCUCCUUGUUCAAAUUCUCUCUCUUUUGCGGAUACAUGAUGCAAUCAAAACCUGUAUUCUCUCAAAAAGGUGGCGCUAUCUCUGGACUUCACUUGAUAACUUCAUGUUCCAUAGUGAAGAUUUUCUUAAAACAGAAAAUUCCCCAUCCUUUGUUGAGCAUGUCUUUGGUAUUGACAGGGCCAUAGAGUGGAAAUCUCUAAAGAGCAUAAUGUUGUUCUCCUCGGUGAUAUCUGAUGCCGACCUUGUGAACUUACUAUCAGGUUGUCCUGCUUUGGAAACUAUGAAAUUAUCUUUGUUUUAUGGCUUUGGUCGCCAUUUGGAGAUUUCAGAACAUCUUUAUGAUCUUAGGUGCAAGCUUGUAGAUGUGUCCUCUGUGGUUAAGGCUAAGCUUACUUUCAAUACUAAAUGUAUCAAAGACAUCCAUCGUGGUGUAGAAGUUGAUGAUGAGGAAGACAGUUGUCGUGUCUAUCAUCAAGUUUUUAGAACCCUUGUCCAAGAUUAUCUUCAAAAGUUGAGUUAUGCGACUGAGCUAACAAUCGGAACUUGGUUCAUAGAGGUCCUAUGCGUGUUGCAGUUCAAAUGGGUGCCGAAUCCAGAAUUGAAAUGCAAAUAUCUAACACUAAAGUUGGAUAUUAAAAAGUUUAAUUUGUAUGGAGUAGCUGGCCUUUUGCGAGCCUCGUCUCUCGUGGAAACAUUAAGCAUAGACAUGGAAACUACGCUGUCAGAUAAUUCUCUCUGCUGCGAGUUAAGAUAUUUGGCCAAAGGAGGUAAUAUUGAUUUACAGAGUUUGAUUUCCAGCUUUGUCCUUCCCAACCUCAAGAAAAUUAAGAUUGUCAUCUCUUUCGAGGUGCUGUUGCAGUUUACUGGUCCUCUCCACCUGGACUUCUGUUUGAAGGAUCAUUCAAAGUGGGGCUUUGAAAAGCUUUUCAAACUUCCAGAAUUUUUACUAAAGGCUGCAACAGUUUUGGAGAAGUUCGUUAUCGUCUCAAAGGGAAUAAAGUGCAAGACAUGUUCAACGAACUGUGUGUCCCUAUAUUUAUCUAGAUUGUCUGAGAAACUAUUAGGUUGCCCAAGAUCUUCCGCCGAUUCUGUGAUUAUCUUUCAGGAGUGA